UCUUGUGACCACGUUUUGUGAUUGACGUCGAGUCGACUUCAAAGUGAAAAAAAUGGCCCCUAAGAAGGGAAAGUUACAGCAGGAUGCACCCGUGCUCAAUCUUGGCCCCCAGGUUUAUGACGGAAAUAACGUGUUCGGUGUGGCUCACAUCUAUGCGUCGUUCAACGACACUUUCGUUCAUGUUACUGAUCUGUCGGGUCGUGAAACUAUCGUGAGAGUUACCGGCGGUAUGAAAGUGAAGGCUGACCGUGACGAGUCAUCGCCGUAUGCGGCUAUGUUAGCCGCCCAGGACGUAGCUGAGAAGUGCAAGGCCGUUGGAAUCACAGCUCUACAUAUUAAACUUCGUGCCACCGGAGGAACACGCACCAAGACUCCUGGACCCGGAGCGCAAUCCGCUCUCCGCGCAUUAGCUCGUUCUGAUAUGAAAAUCGGUCGUAUUGAAGACGUGACGCCCAUUCCUUCGGAUGCUAGCCGUAGGAAAGGAGGUCGUCGGGGUAGGAGGCUCUAGACGUGUGCUCAUAAUCAGUGGCGUGGCUUGCUUUGCGUGCUUCAGAGUUCUCCAUAGAUAGUAUUCCUGCGGGGUUUCGAGGCUGAAAGCAUGACGAAUAAACA